AGUUUUUGCUGUGCCACUCGGCUGACUGUUUCAUGCAAUGCUCACUUUUUGAACGUGUUCCACAUGAGCUGCAGAAAACUUUCUAAAAACCUCUCCAGAGAAGUGGAGAAAGGGGGGCAGGAUCCUUGAAAGUUUUAAAGCUCCCAUGCCACCACAUUGCAGCUACUAGUACGAAGCAGCUGGAAUGAUCCUAAAGAUGAUGGACAAUGCGAGCGCCCGCCCCUUGGACAUCGUCGUCUUUGGGGCAACCGGUCUUUCCGGUGCUUAUGUGGUUGCGGAGCUUUUGGAGCGGACAAUCCAAUCAGGGGCAGUCUGUGCGGAAGAUGCUGACAGGAGGAUUGGGAUUGCUGGGAGGAGCAGAGACAAGCUGACUGCUCUGCAAACGAAGCUGGGAGCCGAUGACACAAGCUGCCCUAUUCUAGUUGCUGACGUACAGGACGCUGCGGCCCUGGCAGCGGUCGCCCGCCAAGCGAAGCUCAUCGUCAGCUGUGCAGGGCCCUACAGGCACUAUGGAGAGCCUGUGGUGGCAGCAUGCAUCGAAGCGGGGACAGACUACAUUGACAUCUCAGGCGAGCCGGAGUACAUCGAGAUGAUUGAGGCGAAGUAUCACGAGAAGGCCAAAGAGCGGGGCGUCCUGGUCGUCUCGGCGUGCGGCUGGGACUCCAUCCCCGCAGAGCUCGGCUCGCUGCGAACAGCACGGCGUUUCAAGCCGCCUGCAGUGUGCACCCAGAUUGAGGAGUUCGUGACGAUCCACGGAGGGGCUGCCGGGAUUGCCGCGCACUACGCGACCUAUUGCUCGGCGGUGGAGGGCAUUGGGGCGACAGGCGAACUCAAGAAGCUGCGUGCGUCCCAACCCAAGAAGCCCCGCCCCGCGAUUCCCGGCCCGCCCCUCAAGCGCCAGAUCAGCCCCUACUGGGAGAAGCGUUUGGACGCGUACGCGGUCCCCUUCAUGGGCGCGGACGCCUCGAUCGUCCGGCGCGCCGUCCAAACGUUUGCGGACCACCCCCGCGGGCUGAGCGACAAGGGGACGCAGGGUAUUCCGCCAUUCCACUUCGCGGCCUACCUAACCAUCCCCGACCGCUGGAGUCUGUGGCGUUACGUCGCCUUGGGGACGGCUUUCGUACAGCUGGCAGCCCGCGAGUGGGGCCGGAGACUCCUCCUCGAGUACCCCCGGUUCUUCACCUGGGGACUCUUCACAAAGGCCGCUCCCACCGAGGAGCAGACCAAAGAGACUAGUUUCGAGAUGACGUUUUACGGCGCGGGGUAUGACGCGCCUCCACCCCCCGGUUCCAACCAACCGCCCAACAAGUGCGUCGGCGUCAGAAUAUGCGGCCCGGACCCAGCCGACAACUCCACUUCCAUCAUCGCCAGCCAAGCCGCGCUCUGCCUCAUAAGCGCGCGGCCGCGGCUCGCAAAGGGCGGCGUGCACACUGCGGGAUCCGUUUUUGGGUUCACAGAUUUGGAGGAGCGGCUUGGCAAGGCGGGCGUCGUAUUCGAGGACAUAAGCUAACAUUGCUGUGGGUAUUAGGAUGCUAAGUAUGUACGUGUCUUUGUGACAGUCAAGGGAUGCUUGUACGAUGUACAGAAGCGUGCACAUCAUCGCCAAAACUAACAGUCAGGUUUAGGUUCAUGCAAGCCCGGAAAUGCAUGUGACGUAUCAUAUCAAGUUCAGUGCCAAAUUUUAGCGCAUAGGCCCUUCAAUCAGACAGUAAUCUAAAUAACCGAGCGCUGUGCAUGAAGAUUUCGUUGUGCCCAAUCUUUUUGAAAGUUUCUGCUACAGUACCAG